GCCAGCUCAUCUCUGAUGACCAUUGCAGUUGUCGUCUGUCUGGUGUACCACUCACGUACUGACCACACUGCUCUUCUCAAUGGAGCGAAGUGUGGCUCUCCACAGAUAAGGACGCUUGAUCGCUCUCUGAGGAUCGUUGGAGGGUCAGAGGCAUCUUAUGGUUCUCACCCAUGGCUGGUAUCUCUGAGGUUCAGGGGUUCUCAUUUCUGCGGAGCCGCCAUCCUCGCCGACCGCUGGCUCCUGACCGCAGCUCACUGCUUCUCAGAUUCCUCAGAGGAUUUCCUGUCCAGCGUGGAGGCCGUGGUGGGCAAGCAUGACCAGAGGGUGAUGGACCGAGGGGAGCGGAGGUUUCGGCUGAAGAGCGUAAAGCUUCAUGAGCAGUACCAACCCACCCUUCCCAUGAGCUAUGAUAUCGCUCUGCUGGAGCUUCAGGGAACCAUCCAAUUCAGUGAAAUCGUCCAGCCGGCAUGUCUUCCUCUUCCCAGUGAGACCUUUCUCCCAAAGACCAGGUGUGUCGUUGCUGGAUGGGGACGGACGAAAGAGAGAGGCCCCUUAACUCCAGUUCUUCAUGAGGUGGAGUUGGAUCUGGUGGAGUCAGCUGUGUGCCAGCACGUCCUGCAGAUGCUCAGACUGGGACAAGAGCACUUCACAGUGCUGUGUGCUGGACCAGAGGAAGGAGGGAAAGACGCCUGCCAGGGGGACUCGGGUGGCCCCCUCCUUUGCCCCCGGGCAGAUGGACAGUGGGUGAUAGCUGGAGUCACCUCUUGGGGAAAAGGGUGCGGCCGCAGCUGGAUCAACAACAGGAUGAAACCUCGGAUUGCGCAAGGCUCACCUGCAGUGUUUACUAACGUCCCAGCAUUCCUGAAGUGGCUGCUCAGAAAAGGAACAGCAGGCUCCCAGUGCAGUGUGGGAGAUGGAGUUCUACCAGGCUCUGGGGUCAUCAUCCGAAACCCAGCUCAUCCUGGCCUGAACUACAGCAAUAAUGAGGUGUGUUCCUGGUCCGUCAGUGUGCCAGAAGGCAAGAGCAUUCUUCUGGAAUUCCUAGAGUUUGACCUGGAGAACGACUCUCUGUGCUACAGUGACCACCUCACUGUGUUCGCUGAUGAAAGCAUGCCUCUAGGCCGUUUCUGUGGCAGUGUGCCCCCUCCUCCGCUGCUCAUCCACUCCAGCACUUCCAUGAUCCAGUUCGUGUCUGAUUUCAGCAUAACCGGGUCUGGCUUCUCCGUCCAGUUCCGAGCCGUGGGGGCUGACUACACUUUGGGGCCGGGCUGCGGCACGGUGGCACGGUUUGAAUCCCCGGGGGUCCUGCAGAGCCCUAACUACCCCCAGCACUAUGGCAACGGUGCCCAGUGCCGCUGGAUCAUCCACGCCCCGCGGGGUCACGUCGUCAAGCUUGAGCUUGUUGACUUUGACCUGGAGCACUCUGAGGGGUGUGAGUACGACUCGCUGGCUGCGUUCGGGGACACUGAAGCAAGAGAGGAAAUCGUGGUGCUGUGUGGUCGCGGCGUCCCUCCCCCCGUAUUGAGCUACAGUCGUGUGAUGCUGGUGCAGUUCCGCAGUGACAGCAGUGUGUCUGCCCGCGGCUUCAAUGCGACACUCUCAUUUAUCAGCAAAACAGAUUUCUGAGGUGGAGAUUAUAGAGAGAGCAGAUUACGCAGGGCAUCUCAGUGGGGAAUUCAGCAGAGCCUGUCUGAUGGGUUUUGUGCACUAAUGAAGCUGCAGAUCAAGCCUCUUCACCUCUCUGCUGUUAUUCACUGAUAUUCGGAAAGCUGAGGGCUCCUGGAUCCCCAUCUGAGCAUUUGCUCACCAAAAUUUACCAAGUUUACCUGUACUCUUAAAAAUAAUGGUUCUUCAAGGGUUCUUUAGUAAAAAAAUGGUACUAUUUAGAAUUAAAGAACGCUUGAAGGUUAUCAGAUUGUUGGAGACUGUGUUGUGCAUGGUUCUAUGUAGAACCUUUUUGGAAAAGGGUUAUGCUGUCAAGCUUGCAACAGUA